AUGCCAGAAGAGAUUAUGGAUCAGAACACGAAUACUCCAGAGGCUGCCUCGGAUCCAUCUGCGUUGGCACUGGGAAGGAGCAUGGAGUCGUUGCCCGAGAGGAACGGCGCUGCCCCUGCAGGGCAACGCUUAGCACACUGGCUCAUAGCACAGAUCCAGUUGUCUAGUUUCGUGGCCGACGAAGAUUGGACACCCGAUCAUACGCGGGAACUAUUGAACUUUUGCAAUGACAAUCGCCGCAGCCAGUGGUUUUUGUGGAUGUCGAAGAAGCCCCAACUAAAUCCCUUAGAACGCGGCGAACAAGGAGUACAACGGGAGAAGCCAGAGUGCAAGCGGCUUGCCUUUAGUGAUAAGCUCCCUCGACACUGCACUAAUUAUCUUCAGCAACAUACAUCAUCUAAAGAUGAAUGUGGAGACGGACUGGUUUUCUUAGGAAAAAAAUGUACGGGUGUGUUUAACGCAGAGGCCCCUGGUGAGCAUCUCUUCUGCUUCUCAUUGCGCAGCAACAUUCUUGAGCAUGUUUCAGCUUUUAUUCGGGGAGUAUGCAUUCCUGUGCUUGAAAGCAAUGCAUUGUGGCCUCAAAGCUUCAAACAGGAACUUUCGAGAAAGCUCGUCAAGUAUGUUGGUCAUUUGACUGACAUAGUUCAUCGCGCCCAGGGCUGCUCUAGACUUGUUCUUCCAUUAGAAGACCUUACCAAUAUUACUAAGUGCGCAAGCGACCGAGAGCUUGUUCAAAGGCUGGAAGCACUAGUGAAUUCGUGGACUCGACAAAUGAAGGAAAUUCUGGCUGUCCAGGAUGGACCAGAGGGGUCACUAGAGUCAUGCCAUCUUGGCGAGAUCCAGCGGUGGACAGAGCGUGCCCAGAACCUCAAAUCGCUGAUUGAGCAGUUCCAUGAGCCAGAUAUACAAGCCGUAAUAGACGUAUUAAAUGAGGCCAAAUCAUCUUUGCAAAAAGAUAUUGUUGCUUCAUCGCGGGUAGUUCAUGAUAAUCUCAAGUUCUUGGAGGUAUUACGGGGCCCAUGCCAAGCUCUUAGAGAAGCGGACCCCACGGAAAUACCCAUGGUAGCCACACAGCUUCUGAUGGCUGUUCGAAUUGUUGCGACACACAGCAAGUAUUAUACCACUCCAGAAAGGAUAAGCAAUGUGGCACAGCCAAUGGAAAGUCUGAGAAAUGCAGUCGAGUGUGGCGUCACUCUUAACAGAGUCUUCAAGCAGCUGUCUACGCUGAUAAAAUCAGAAGGAAAAGCAUGCUGCUGGGAUUCUGCUGCCGGUGCAGCGUUUGCAGAGAGCGAUGCCUUCGUACAACGAUGCAGCGACCUACUUGAUGUCUGCCGCGCUCAGUUCCAGUUCAGCCCCACAGCUCAGUCGAAGCAAAAAGAUUUGAUGUGUUCAUCAGCAGAUUCAGCAAACUUAUGCUCCACCCCGCAAGGUCACGUUUAUUUUCCAACCUUUGGUCCAUUCCAAACAGAAGUAAUCCGCAGCAACAUACGGAACAUACAGCAAGAAUAUGGGAAAGCUCUUUCAAGGCUUAGAGUGAUGGGCCGGAAUAUUUUGAAUGUGAAAGCUACAAGCUGGCAUAAUGAAUAUGCACAGUUCAAAGAGCAGGUUCGUGACCAUGAGAGUAUGUACAUGAACGUCAUUGCAAGUGCUUUCAAAAGAGCAGCUACUGUUGAAGAGGCGUGUGAAAUCUUUGGCGCCUUCAAACUUUUAGCAAAGAGACCCAAUAUUCAGAGGUUUCUGGAGAAAAAGGCUUCGGAUAUUUGGAGGCUCUUUUCUCAGGUAAGCCAUAAUUCACUAAGGGCUGACGGAUAAGACGGAAAAGAUGCUGAGCAGGCUUUACGGCUCUAUGAGAAUGUGACAGACAUGCUUCAGACAUUUGUGGAAAAGUCGUUCCAGGAGUGGCUGCAGGAAGCUGAAGCCGUGCAUCCGUCUGGGCAUACUAUUCAUUCUCCUGACAUUCCACUGUUUGGUUGUGACAGGCAUCUAUUUACUAGAACCAAAGAACUGCAUCGAGUACUGCAGGAAGCUCAUUUUUGGCAGUACAUGCAAGACCAGAUUAUCCGCCUCCCUUUCACCGUCCUCGAGCUCCUUAAGCACCGGGAUCGCCUUUUCCUCCUUCAGCAACAUAUACUUGGAGUUGUAAAGGCCUACAAUGCUAUUGCCGAAGGCCUCACGCCUGAUGAACGACGGCUCUUCCAGCAACAUGUUGGUAGCCUGGACAGGAAGAUCGCUCCGGGUAUAGAAAAGUUGACAUGGAAUUCUAAGGGCAUCAAAGAGUACUUUGUUCGAGACGCAUGGAAGGACUGCCAGGCAGUCUGCGAAUACGUUACCCGGUUCUUAUAUGAAAAAAAGGCAAUCACGCGCAUAAUUGAGGAGUCAACGCAUACUCGCUUAAUAUUUGUUGACAAGAAGAAUACAGUGGAAUUAGAGGGCUUCCUUCGUCAACAAGGAGAGACACAGCAAGCAGCUGUGCUGGCCUUCCAGCGCCAACACUCUGAAAUUGUUGGCAAGCUACAGCGCAUCGAAGAGUUGUUUAAGAAGCAGAGUAAAGAUGUGCAAAAAGAAUGGCUUGCAUUCAUCAACAGACUAGACAACGAAUGGAGGGAAGCACUGCGUAAAGUGGUUCGGACGUCGCUUUUGGAGCUUGCGAAUAGCCUCUCCCCCAAAGAAAGCAAACUAAAUUCUGUUGAGUCGUAUCCCCUGGUGCGAGUGUCCGCUGCUCUCUGUGUCGACGGAGCUGGUAGCAGUGGGAGUCAAAUGGCUUUUAGGCCCUCUAUGGAUGAGCUAAGAGCAGCGAUUGAGAGGACGUGCAAUGAAGCCGUGCUUGCCCUGCAACGCGUGCCCAAGCUUUCUAGCUUCUUGGAGACUAGAGAUGCGCCUGCUUCGAGUGAAGAGGCUUCAUGUGGAGGACAAAUAUGCUGGUACUCAGAGCUUGUGACUGACGAAAAAGUUACACAGCUCAUUACGCAGGUGUCACGAAACGUAUCCAACACUGCGUGCAAACUCAAUGAACGAUUGAAAUGGUGGAGCACCAACUACUCAUGCCUUCUUGAAGGAGCUCAGGAAGCCCCAGAUUCGCCGCUUCAUCUCUCAGAGCGGCCUUUACAUUUGAUUGUGUCCUCAAUCCAGGACUACAGUGACUAUUACAGUGACAUACAGCAAGAGGAAUCAAACACAGUUAUCUGCUUUCUAGAGGCUGAUUUUCAACAGUUGAAGCAAUCUCUUUUAGACCGCUGCCGCAUGAGACAGACAUCACUAACUACGUAUCUACAUGACUGUGCUCGAAAAGAACAAAAUGACAUUAUUGAUUACAUUGAACGUAACACAAAUGCUCUACAGCGCGUACCUCAGAAUACCGAGGAGCUACGGAGUCAAGUUGAGCUGUGUAGUAGCUGCAAGCAACAGGUAUCUGCGCUCCGCGGUAAAAUACAACCUAUUCAAGCGCAGUUUGCAACUCUCCGAGAGCUUCGAGUGAAUGUCUUGGAAGAGGAAGAAGCGCUGCUCGGGAAACUCAGUCCUGCAAUUGAUUGUUUUGAGGAUGCCUUGGAAGCUGCAGAGGCCAUGCUCAUACGGACAAAAAAGGCUAUGAAGCUAGACGCGGAAUUGCUCGUUGACUCCAUAAGCCGACGAGCGUCCGAGUUAUUCAAGCAUUUCAUGACUUCCGCGCCGUUUGACGGGUCUCCUUUCAACUACGACACAGCGACAGCCUUCUCAAUCAUUCAAAGCUACGACGCUGAGUUAAACAAGCUUACUGAGUCUCGGAGAGAGUUAGACCCUAUUCUAGACUUCUUUGGCAUUGAUAGCCUCCCCAACCGAGACCUUGGGCAGAUGAAAAGUGAUUCCAACAAGCUGUCGGAGUUAUGGACAUUGAAACAUGAAUGGAAUGAAGCAUGGGAUUCAAUGAGUGCUAAACCACUCUACUCAAUCAAUGUUUCGGAGCUUCAUGAUCGCGGGGAACACUUUCAUGAUAGACUCCUAAAAUUCACGGAGGCCAGAGGUUGGUCUAUCUGGCGAAAGGUUCAAAGCGACCUAGAACAGUUUCGACAGGCCUUACCACUAAUUUCAAAUCUUUUGGACCCAGCCAUAAGAGAUCGUCAUUGGGACCGGAUUAAAGCUGAAGUGGCGGAACGUUUCGAGCACCGCUCUGCAGAGUUCACUUUAAAAUCAGUAUUCUGCUAUGACCUGAUUCGCCGUUCAGACCUUGUUGCACGUCUAACAGAGGAGGCGCGAAAAGAAUAUAAGAUUGAGCAGGCACUCAACAACAUUGUCGUUGUUUGGAGCUCAUUGAAUUUGAAGAUUGUACCAUACAAAAUCAAUUUGCUCCACGUCGAGGCAGAUGAAAGCCUUGUGGCUACGUUGGAGGAGCAUUUGCUGUGCCUGUCAAGCAUUAAGAGCGAUCAGUUCCACCUGCCCUUCAAAGAAAUUGUCCAUCAUUGGGAGUCUACACUCUCAAUUGUGUCUGAGCUCUUGGAGCUACUGCAGCAAGUGCAAAGGCAGUGGGCGUAUCUAGAAAAUGUGUUCAGAGGGUCCGAGGACAUUCGUAUUCUGCUCCCCCAGGAGGCGACGCUGUUUGACAGAACAGACAGACAUUUUCUCAAAACACUUCGAGGCUUUCAGCAAGCACCCAUGCUAGUCGACGUAUGCACACAGCCGCAAAUCAAGGAGGAGCUACAACUCAUGAAUGAUGAUCUAGAGGAUAUUAAAAAGUCUCUUGACGACUAUCUCGAAAGGAAAAGACAAGAAUUCCCCCGCUUUUACUUUGUCUCUAACACCGAUAUGCUGGAAAUCUUGGGGGAUGCGAAGGACCCUGAAAGAGUGCAGAAGCACAUCAAAAAGUUCUUUCAAGGCAUUAGAAGCCUGGACCUAGUGGCACCUGGGAAGCGGGGCAAUAGAUGGUGUGAAGCUGACGGCUUCACCUCAUCAGAAGGAGAGCGCGUGAGAUUUACGCCACGGCCUGUCACUUUAGAAGGAAGCGUCGAGCAAUGGCUAAACAAGGUCACAAGGGCGAUGCGCGAGACAUUAAAAAGGCAGCUAGUAGCUGUACACCAGCAAUCUAUGGUAACCGGCACGAAGAGGGAAAAGUGGAUCCAGGAUAAUUGCUUCCAGCUUGUCAUUGCAUCGGCGCAGAUCACUUGGGCCACGGAAACUGAAUGUGCACUCCGCCGCCUUAGCAAGGGCAACAAAAAUUCUAUGAAAAUGCUGAGAAGACAUCAGUCACGACAGCUGAUGCAGCUAACCGAUCUUCUGCGGAAGGUGCCGAGCAACAAAGAACGAUUAAAGCUGAACUCUCUUAUAACCGUUGAAGUGCAUAACCGAGAUAUCCACGAAAAGUUGAUACAGAGUCAUUGUGACGGCGAGCAUCACUUUGCAUGGACGUCCCAGCUUCGGCUGGAGCUGCGCGAAGAAAAAGGCGAACCGGAAAAAAGUAGUUUCAUGGCCUCCUCCAGCCAAACAGGCUUUUCAGGCGCCCUACAUUGUCAGUGCCUCCAGGCGGAGACUGUGCUGGCCUACGGUUAUGAGUAUCAAGGAAUUUACAGACGGCUUGUGAUAACUCCUCUUACUGAUCAGUGCUUUAUGGCCCUCACAUUUGCUCUCUACUUGCGACUUGGCGGGUCUUGCCAUGGACCAGCAGGCACUGGAAAGACCGAAACAGUGAAAGAUCUCGGGAAAACUUUAGCAAAAUUUGUGAUUGUUUUCAACUGUUCUGAUGCCUUGGAUUACCUUUCACUUGGACGCAUCUUCAGUGGUUUGGCUCAGAGUGGUGCUUGGGAGAUUGCAUCAGAUGAACACACCCCUCAUAAGUUUUGUUUUGAGGGCCAAAGAGUUCGCUUGGAUCCUGGCUGUGGAAUCUUUACUACUAUGAAUCCCGUGUAUAAAGGGAGGGCAGACUUACCUGAUAGUCUGAAGAGCCUUUUCCGCCCAGUUGCUAUGAUGAGCCCCGAUCUUGCAUUGAUCUGCGAAAUUUUACUUCUGGCCGAAGGUUUUGACAUUGCUAGAAGCCUUUCUCGGAAGGUAGUGGCACUUUUCCAGCUGAUGGCCCAACAGCUAAGCAAGCAGGACCAUUACGACUUUGGGCUGCGCCCUCUUUGUACGGCGCUGCAGCGCGCUGGAGAGUUCAAACGACAAGCCCACGAAAGCACAACAGAACAGGCAUUGAUGAUUCAAGCAAUCUUUGACACGGUUGUCCCGAAGACCGUUCCAGAGGACUUGGAUAUUCUCUUUGCACUACUAAAAGAUAUAUUUCCAGAAUCCGAACUGCAAGCGAGAGAAUCAGAGGAGCUGCGGGAAGCUUUGGAGGAGGUAAUAAGGAAAAACGGUUGGACGAAGGUGGAGGAUCAGAUAAAAAAGGCACAGGAACUGUUUUACUGCAUGCGUUCUCGCCACGGAAACAUGCUUGUCGGGAAUACCCUGUCUGGCCUGGAUUAUUUUACUAUAAAAUCCUUUUUUGUCAAUCCCAAAUCCUUGGACGAAGCAGAGCUCUACGGCGGAUUUAGUUCUGUCACUCGCGAGUGGACUGAUGGCAUAUUUUCGUCACUACUUCGGAUGUGUUGCAACGAGGUACAGGGCCAAAGCAAGUGCAACAGAUGGGUUGUGCUUGAUGGACCGGUUGACACAACUUGGGUUGAGCACAUGAAUUCCUUGCUUGACGAUAACAAGACACUGACAUUGACGAAUGGUGAUCGAAUGGAACUACAUUCACAGGUAUCUCUGUUGUUUGAGACAGAAAACUUGUCGGUAGCUUCGCCGGCAACUGUCAGCUGGGCACCAUGCGUUGACGCGUGGGUAUCCAAGCGGUAUGGCACCAGCGACGCUGCAAGCUAUCUCCGAUCGCUUUUUAACAAGUAUCUCCCAAGCAUGCUGCAGACAAUCAAAGAAUGCGAGCAAGUUGUUGGAAUAUCAGAAAUGGGGGCAGUGCACUCCCUUUGUCGUGUGUUCGAAGUACUUGCCUCUCAACCAAAUGUAAACAUUGAGGUCCAUGGUGGUCAGCCGCUAUUGGAGAAGGUUUUCCUCUUUUCCCUCAUUUGGUCUUUGGGAGCCGCCGUGGGCGGGGGCAGCCGCCAACAAGUGGAUGCUGCAAUACGUCAGCUCAGCAGCAGCUUUCCACCGUCGCACUCCGUGUACGACUACGCACUCAGCACAGAAAAAGGAGAUUGGACACUCUGGGAGGAUCGCGUGCCAUCGGCAUACAGGCCUCUAGACGGCACGCCUUUCCAUAGGAUAUUCGUUCCCACAGCCGAUAUAAUGUGCCAUGCCUUCCUGCUAAGUGGAUUCGUACGAAAUAAAAUCCAUGGCCUCGUUGUUGGAAGCCGCGGUUGUGGUAAAACAUCGUGCAUUCGACGAGCUGUUCUUGAUGACUUACCGGAAAGCAUUUAUAACACUACUACCCUCACCUUCUCCUCCCAGACGUCUUCCAACGAUGCUCAAGAGGGUUUUGAAAGCAAGCUGGAGAAACGGGUAAAAGGAAAAUGGGGUCCACCAGGGAGGAAGACACUUGUUUGUUUUAUUGAUGACCUUAACAUGCCAAAGCCAGACGAGUUCGGUUCCCAGCCACCCCUUGAACUUCUCAGGCAUUUCCUUGAUUAUGGCUCCUGGUAUGACCGCGACCGACAGUCGCUGAAAGUGGUGCUUGACAUGCAAUUCUUAGCAGCCAUGGGAGCUCCUCAGGAGGGUUACGCUUCCAUAGCCUCUCGCCUACAAUCACGUUUUAACACCAUAGCAUUUUUGGAGCCAUCGUUAUCUCAAGUUAUCCGGAUCUACCAAACGCUCGUACUCCACAAGUUCUCGGAUUUCAAAGAAGACGUGAAGAGCAUUGCUGAAAGCAUUGCAACAGCCUCCAUUGCAGUGCAUUACACAGUCCGCCAGACAUUUAGGCCAAAACCAGAGAAACCUCAUUACCUCUUUACAAUGCGCGAAAUUUCGAAAGUUGUGCAAGGUCUGUACCAAGCCGACCGCAGGUGCAUUGAAGACGGAGAUGUUUUAUUAAAGCUAUGGUAUCAUGAAUGCCAACGGGUUUAUCAAGAUCGCUUGGCAUCCUCUGAAGAUGUCGCGCGGUUUGUGGAGACCUUGGAAAAUAUCCUCGGAAAAAGCUUCCAGAUUCGCACAAAGGAUUUGACAAAGAACAGGAAAAUUAUUUUUAGUCACAUAAGAGCUCAGCAAUCGCGAGUUUUGGCACCGGGGGCAUAUGAGGAAGUACAAGAUUGGCAGGCGUUACAAACAAGUUUGCAAGAAGCAGUUGAACACUGCUGCAAGAUUCAUCGUGUACUAUGUAUGCCCAGAGGGCAUAUGCUGCUGGUCGGAGUUGGAGGUAGUGGAAGACAGUCCCUGGCAUCUUUUGCGACCAAAUUACUGGAGAUGAAUCUCUGCCAUCUUCGCGUAACGAGGACCUACACGAUUCGAGAUUUUCACGAAGAGCUGAAGCAUCUAAUCGUUAAAGCAGGCCUAGACGGAAUCUGCACAAGUCUCUUACUCACGGAUAAAGAGCUGAAGAGUGAAGCAUUUUCAGACAGUUUGAACAGCUUACUCGCAUCUGGAAAAAUUCCGGGAAUUCUGGAUCCAGAAAGCCUUGCACAAUUGCUUAAAGACCUUCAGCCUGCAGCGGAAGCAGCAAGAGUAUCUUCGCAGCCUGACGCCUUGCUUGAAUUUUUCCAAACCAGGGUUAGGGAGAACCUCCACGUGCUCCUCUGUGUUAGUCCAAUAGGGAAUAAGAUACGAGACUACUGCAGGAUGUUUCCAGCCUUCAUCAACGAGACCCUGGUAGACUGGUUUUUUGCGUGGCCCCAAGAGGCACUUGAGGAGGUGGCAACAGUCCUUCUGGAACCUGCGGACCUGGAUCCUGCAAGUAGAGAUGCUGUGGCUCGCGCUACUGGCCGUGUCCACAUGGAUGCCAUCAAAGUUGCAAGAACGUUUUAUCAAAAGACCAAGCGGACAACGUCUAUUACACCCACAAAGUUUCUUCAACUUGUUGGUGGUUACUGUAACAUGCUUAAGGAGAAACAAGAAGGAGUCCGAGAGAAAAUAAGCAAGAUAGCUACAGGCCUUAGUAAGCUGGUGGAGGCGCGGGAGCAGGUGGAGGCAAUGAGCGAAGCACUCGAGGCGAAAAAGGAACAUGUUGCAAAAAUGCAACGAGAGUGUGAUGAGUUGAUGGCGAUUAUCGUGGAAAAACGAACUCUUGCUGACAAGCAAAUGAAGCAGGUUGAAGCGGACAGCGCCCGCAUACAAGCGGAGGAGGUGGAAACUAAGAUUCUCUCUGAAGAUGCAAGGAGGGACCUUGACAAGGCUAUGCCCGCUCUAGAAGCAGCUAUUGACGCACUCGAAAAGCUCGACAAGAAAUCUGUUGCGGAAGUUAAAGCUUACACGAAGCCGCCAGAUCUCGUAGUCAAGACCAUGGCGGCUGUCAUGACCGUCAUGGAAAAGUCACCAACUUGGUCUCAGGCAAAAAGUGAAUUAAAUGACCCAAGCUUCUUGGGUCGAGUCAAAAAUUUUGACAAGGAUUCAAUAACUAACGCGACACUGAAGAAAAUAGAAAAAUUUACUAAAGACCCAUCCUUUGCGCCUCCCAACGUGCAAAAGGUAUCCCGUGCUGCUGGUGCCCUAUGUUUAUGGGUACAUGCCAUGCAAAUGUACGCGGAAGUCUACAGAGAGGUUGAACCGAAGCGCCUAAAACUGCGCCUUGCAGAAGAGCAGCUUUCGAAAAAGCAAAAUGACUUGAAACUCUCUCGAGAUCGGCUGGAUGAUAUCCAAGCACGCCUUCAGCAGCUUAACCAUCAGCAUGAUGAAAGCCUACGGAACAAGAGCAACCUGAACAAUUCAGCAGAAGAGCUAAGCUUGAAGCUUGGUAGGGCAGAAAAUCUCAUCACUGGAUUGGCCGAUGAGAGAGAUCGCUGGGAACUAUCCUUGGGAAGUUAUCGGACAAACCUGAGCAAUAUCUUAGGAGAUGCCCUUCUGGGAGCUGCAUUCAUGUCAUAUGCUGGCCCAUUCACAGCAUCUUACAGAGCGCAGCUCGUAAAAGACCUUUGGACCUGCGAGCUGCGGGGUCUAGAUCUACCAUGCAGCACGGAUUUCAACUUUACAGAGUUCCUUGUUUCACCGCUAGAUGUUAGAGAGUGGCAGUUGAACGGGCUACCAACAGACUCAUUUUCAACCGAAAAUGGUGUUUUAAUGAUGAAUGCUCCAAAAUGGCCGCUAGUUAUCGACCCACAGAACCAAGCGAACCGUUGGAUAAGAAAGCUCAAGUCCUCAGAGAUCAAGGUUAUAGACCCAGCAUCAAAAGACCUUCUACGCAUUCUUCACCUCUCAAUACAGGCUGGGCAUUCUUUACUACUUGAGCGCCUGCAAACGCAGAUAGACCCAUCACUCGAACCGCUGAUCACCAAAAAUGUCACAGUUGUCAAUGGCAGCAAGUUCAUCCGCAUUGGGGACCAACUUGUUCCCUACGAAAACAACUUUUCACUUUGGAUGACAACUAAGCUGGGCAACCCUCAGUUCCCUGCAGAGAUUGAGACCGAAGUCACUUUGAUUAACUUUGUAAUUAUGCAGGACGGCCUAACUGAACAGCUUCUGGGAGUUGUCGUCAUGAAAGAAGAGCCAAGUUUAGAAGCACAUAAGCAUGCGCUGGUUUCAAGGCUUGCUGAAGGGCGGAAGCGAUUGCAAGACGUUGAAGACCAGAUUCUUCGACUGCUCACUACUGCACGAGGAUGCUUGCUGGAUGACUUGGAGCUUAUUGAAGCUCUUCAGAAUUCAAAACGAGUUGCAGCGGACGUAAGUUCCCAGAUUGAUACUUCCGAGCACACUAUGAAGAAAAUUGACCAGGCACGCGAGGCCUACAGACCGUGUGGACACAGAGCAUCUGUUUUGUACUUUGUGUUACAAGAUUUAGCAUCGGUAAACUCGAUGUAUCAAUUUUCACUAGAGGCCUACGAAGGCUUGUUUGUGGAAUCGAUUAGUAAGGCAAAAGAGUGUACGGGCAUGGCAGCGUCGGCAGAGGAACAUGUCAUGACGAUAAACUCAGACCACACACAUGCAGUAUUCAGGCAUGCACGACAGGGAGUAUUUGAGCGGCACAAGGCUCUCCUGGGCUUGCAUCUGUGUGCUAGCAUCCUGCUCGCUGAUGACCAGCUGAAUCGCCAUGAAUACGCUUUCUUAUUUACCCGUGGUGCUUUAUUGGAUGCUCCUUCACCGCCCACUAAUCCUGACCCGGAGUGGAUCACACCAGCUGCAUGGCAACUCGUUUGUAAGGCUGACCAGCUGGAGGCUUUACAGGGACUACAGAGCUCCGUAGAUCAGAACAGCAGGGAAUGGCGUCGGUGGUUUGGAUCAACUGAACCAGAACGGGCCACACUCCCUGGUGACUGGCAAGCCCGCCUAGAUGCUCUGCAACGACUCAUUGUUAUUAGAUGCCUUCGUCCAGAUCGAGUAAUCCCUGCAGCAUCUCGUUUUGUUGCAGAUGCACUGGAUGCCAGAUUCAUAGAAAAUAUGCCGCUGGAUUGGGAAGAUCUGUUUGCUUCCUCGAAAAACACUGUUCCAUUGCUCCUUCUUCUAUCUGGAGUAGAUCCUGUUGGACAGCUCAUGACUUUUGCGACGUCAAAAAACGCAACCGUGGUUUCUGUUGCACUGGGCCAGGGUCAGGCAAUGCGAGCCGAACAGGCCAUUCGCGAUGGUGCUCGUCAUGGCUUUUGGGUUUUCCUAGCAAACUGCCACCUUGCAGUAUCUUGGCUUCCGACACUGGAGAAGCUAACCGAAGAGAUACUAAACAUGAAACUGCACCCAAAUUUUAGGUUAUGGCUUAGCUCGGAGCCAACAGAAAAUUUCCCCAUUGCCCUUUUGCAACGGUCGACAAAGGUUACUAUUGAACGGCCACGUGGCUUGAGAGCAAACCUGCAACGCCUAUUGCAACACCGUACGGAAGAGGAUAUGCAGAGAGUUCAUGGGGCGGCAGAACGAUACCAGCGGCUUUUUUUAUCACUAUGCUGGUUCCAUUCCUUGCUUAUCGAGAGAGGGAAAUUCCAUAAUACUGGAUGGACUCGAGAUGCUAGCUUUAGCGACAGCGAUUUCUUUGUCGGAGACAGCAUUAUUGCCACGUACUGCGAACAGUCGCCCAGCGAAUUCCCAUGGGAAGCAGCACGAUCACGAAUUGUUGGGGCUUGUUACGGGGGCCGGCUUACGGACGAAAGAGACCUGCGACUACUCAGAGUGUAUUGCAAUGACUGCUUCAAUCCCCAGGUCUUAACCAGAGAUUUCAGGUUUCAAGGACUCUCACAGCUCCCCUUACCCGACGAUAUCUCAUUAAAUGGCCUGAGACAGUAUGCUCGUGAUCUGCCAGCAAUAGAUUCUCCCGAAAUAUUUGGUCAGCACAUCAAUGCUGAAAUCUAUUCGCAGAUAGAGGAAGCAGAAGAACUGUUUACAACACUUUUGAAUAUUCAGGCUCCUGGAGCCGAUGAAUUCGAAAGUGGAGAGGGAAAGUGCCGAGAUACCAUGAUACUCAGGUGCUGCGAAAAUCUUGAACAAGCCCUUCCAAAAUGCCUACAAAUGGAUCAGAUGCAGCACGCUGAACUCGAAAAUCCCUCACCUCUUCGCACUGUGAUGUUACAGGAGGCUCAGCGCCUCAACAGACUUCUAUCGUGCGCCAAAGAGAUGGUUCAAAACUUGCGGAAGGCGAUUUCAGGAUUCUGCACAAUGUCAGAUGAUUUGGAGACGUUGCAAUCCUCGUUGCUAAGGGGCGAAGUGCCACACUCCUGGUCCUUUGCUUUCCCGUCGCUCAAGCCCCUCAUGUCAUGGACCAACGAUUUGGCCGAGCGCGUUGAUCAAAUUAAUAAAUGGGGGCUCACUGCCUACGACGAAGGCCUGCUACCGUCACCACCUCGGGAAGGAGCAUACGUAAAGCGUCUGUAUCUUGAAGGGGCAUCUUGGAAUCUUGAGGGCAUGGCCCUCAAGGAGCCAGAACCGAUGCAGCUGAUCUGUGAACUCCCCAUUGUACACCUCAAGCCAACAACACGCAGGCGCAAUUUAACUGAAAAACUGUACAUGUGCCCUAUAUACCAGUAUCCAUGCCGAAAGGGGACCAUCGACAGACCGUCUUUGGUUACGAUGCAAGAAAUACGCAGUGGGGCCCAGGACCCAUCAUUUUGGGUCAAACGAGGCACAGCCAUCUUGCUGUCUACCGCCACUUAG